UAAUCUGCGUUUGAGUCGACAGACAGACUGAGGAGGUAUAAGAGAGCCGACCUGAGCUGAGAGAGUGUAUCUACAGAUACAGGACACCAUGAUGAAGACACUGGUCCUACUGCUCAUUCACUUAGCAUAUGUUUUUGGAUGUGGUACACCUGCUGUCAAGCCUUAUACCAAUAGGGUGGUGAAUGGAGAGGAUGCUCGCCCCCACAGCUGGCCUUGGCAGAUCUCCCUGCAGGUGAAGCACGGCAGCCGUUUCCAUCACACGUGUGGAGGGACUCUGAUUGGACCUCGUUGGGUGCUGACUGCUGGACACUGCAUCUGGCCAGGAGAUGUGUACCGUGUUGUCUUGGGAGAGCAUAACAUGAACCAGGAAGAGGGCACUGAACAGAUCAGAGAGGUUCUGCGUAUCGUUGUCCAUCCCAAGUGGGACAUCAACUUUGUGGCUCAAGGCAAUGAUCUUGCCCUGCUGAAACUGGAUAAGAGCCCCAUUAUGAAUGACAGCGUUGGCGUGGCUUGUCUUCCUCAGGCCGGAGAGAUCCCUACCCAGGGGACACAGUGUUACAUCUCUGGCUGGGGCAACCUUUACACACAUGGCCCUAUGCCUGAUAAGCUGCAGCAGGCCUUGCUGCCUGUGGUGGAGCACAGUGUGUGCAGUCGCAGUGACUGGUGGGGCAUCAACGUCAAGAGCACGAUGAUCUGUGCAGGAGGAGACGUCGUAUCUGGUUGCAAUGGAGACUCUGGAGGUCCUCUAAACUGUUUGGGUCAGGAUGGUAGGUGGUACGUCCAGGGUGUAACCAGCUUUGUUUCCUCUCGUGUCUGCAAUGAAGUUAAGAAACCCACCGUCUUCACCCGCACCUCUGCCUUCACCGAGUGGCUCAGUGAAGUCAUGCUGCGUUACUGAGGUUCACCUGGACACCAACUGAUCAACUCCAAAAAAAUGAUGCGGUCCCAAAUCCCAAUAUUUUCUCUGUUCGUUUCAAAUCAGGGUCAGGCACGGAACAUUAUGUCUGUCAUCACUGAAAAACAUGAGAAAAUAAAAAGAGAGAAUAUAUUGAAAUAGUUUUCAUACAGUACAAUUAAGGUCUGUCAAUUCUACAACUACUACUAAGUGUUUAUAACAAAGCAUCACAACAGCAAGAACCAAACACAAUCUGCAUAUUUCAUGUCUUAAAAACAGAGUGAAGAAAGUGUAGAUUCACCCACUCUGUGAAAAUGCAUAGAGCAACUUCAUAUUUCAUCCCCCCACACCCUCAUUUUGUGAUAAGAAGAAUGAGGAAUGGCUGCCCAUCAGAGUGUGUGGAGGACUUAUGAAUCAGUGUUUCCUAUUAAUCAUCACCAAGGUCGGCCAGGUGUCGGAGCCGAUGGACACACUGUCUGAUACGCCCAGGUGGGAGCUGAGCUGGAGAGCAGAUAAACAGCAGCAAUAGGUUACCUUGAUGCACGACCUGCUGCUGCGUCAGAUACCAGUUGCAUUUUAAGACACUUUUGACAAAUAUACAUCCCAUUUUUGACAACAGACUUUGCUAUAUAUAGCAUGAUAGAAUGUGAUAAUACACAAGGUACAUACAUUAACACAUUCACAACUUGUUUGAAUCUAUCAUGUUUGAAAGGCUUUACAUUUACAUUUCGAGUGAUCAAUGAAACAAAAGCAGACAUAUCACAAUGUACUCAUCAGAUCUUUUCCUUAUGUAAAAGCAGCAAUACCACAGUGUAGAAAUAAAAAAGUAUCAGAUAUCAAAAUAUGCUUAUUAAUAUAAUACCAUGUUCGUCUCCUUAAUGUUGCAGCUUGUAAAGGUAGGGCUAAUAUUAAUUACAUUAUGUACUGUUGCUUGUGUUUUUCCCCCCAGGGCUCAAUAAAUGUAUUUGUUAAUUAUA